UUUAAUUUAAAUGUAGCACAUGUAAAAUUGAAGAUUUAAAUAUUUAAAUGAAUGUUUGUGUUGUGUAUCACGGAUGUUUCAACUGCAUUCCCGCUACUUCAUUUAUUAGCGAUUUGUAAUUGUUCAUUAUUUUGUUAUGAUUAAUAACAUAGCUUCGAUGGGAAACUUUUUACACAACUAAAUGACAGUCCGUCAGUUUCCUAUAAAAUACACAUAAAAUACGCAUUAUGUAUACAGGUCAGAUUCGACAAAUUUACUGAUAUCAUUUAAGUGCGGUGAUUACAAUCCUUUUUAUUAUUAGAUAGAUCGAUGAAUAUCCAAAUACAGCUUUAAUAUCACAAUCAUAUUAAGGGGACUUUAGAAAAGUACGGGAGUGAUCGAAAUCAGCUAUGAGAAAUUUAUUUCAAAACAUAUUAACAUAAUGACGGAUUGGUUGGAAAGAAAAGUUGAAGCGGAAAGGGAGUGGUUUCAAAAGGAGCACGAGAAACAGUUUGGGAAGUCUUCCAAAACAACUGAAGAAUUAGAAGAGAGACUUCACAAAGCUAUUAACAAGCUAAGGAAAUUAUCUCGCAGGAAAGUUUGUGAAAGGAAACAUUUCGCACCUUAUAUUAAUUUACCGUUGCCGCUGGAGACAGUCAGCUGGACAGCACCCUUGGCGCUGAAAUGUGUCUGUCCAACAGGAGAUUGCCGGUGUUCUUGCAAAGGAAACACGUUAUUACCUAAGAAGAGGCUUCCGUUUUUACUUCGUUACGAUUGGUGGGGCCUGCGAGUUUUGCUCCACGCGCUUCGUAUCAAAAGAUAUUCGAAGCCGGCCGGUGUUCUCCCUCCGAACCUUGUCGAAGUCGUCAAAAUAGAAUCCGAAUUUUACAGGAGCGAAAAAGGACGGGCAAUACUGAUAGAAAGAGGCCCUGAGUUUUGUCUAUCAGGAUGUUUGAAAUUCUUCAUCACAAACAGGACUCAGGAAAAAAAUUUUACAGCGGUCAUACAAGAAAUGAAGGAAAGCAUGGUUAUCGCAGACGAAGGCCAUGAAACUAGCGAAGACGUAACGCAAGAAAAGGAUAAAGUAGCUCCCAAAGACUUAUGGAUUGAUCGAACUUGUGAACAAUACUAUUGCUCAGUUUCCACCCAAUCGGAAACUAAUUACGAUGGAGAUUUUAUUAUAGGAGAUUAUUCUCAUAUAUUGUUCGGAUCACCAGACGAAAGCAUACUGUGUGACAUAGAAGGUGUCGAGUUACAAGUUUCAUCCUAUAAGGACGUACCAAAGGAAUCUCGAAACUAUUUAAAUGUUAAAAAAACGAUUGAUAAACUAUUCCACGUGACUGAGAUUAAGCAACACAUUUCCAAAGUCAAAAAGGACAUGGUAACCUCAAUAUUUCAAAUACCAGAAAUAUUUCAGACUAAAGAGAGCCAAUAUGAUUGUGCUGAUAUAAAGAUGGAAACAGAUAUAAUUUGUGAAUCUCUUGCGGAUGUAAGAAGGAAGCAACGAGAAAAAGAAUGUAUAAGAAGAUUAAAACAGGAGAGUUUGUAUGAAGGUGUUUUUGAUAAUAAUAUAACUGAAUCUACUCCUGAAAACUUUUUAAAUGAUACAGAACAACGCACAGAUCUCAAUGAUCUUUCUUCAACUGAUGAUGAUAUUAAAAACGAGAUUCUCACACAAGAUCCACAAAUUCCAUUCCAAUAUGCUCCUACAAACAAAUAUGAAUCCAAUGAGAUAAACCUAACUAAGUCUUUGAGUAGUAAUAAAAAUAAGUUAGACGAUAGCACUUUGGAUUCAAAACCUAAUCUCUGCUGUGUUACAAAAUCACAAAAUUCGAAUAAUCAAAAACAAUCAGUGGCAUCAAUUAUAGAAGAGUCUCAAAAUAAAAUUAAUGAGAUAUUAGAAGACUUUAGAACUGAAAAUAAUAUCAAAGACCCAACUACAGCAAAAAAAGAAGAUAGCGUGCAAGAUUCUGAUAAAGAUUUAAAAAAGAAUGGUAAAGUGGAGAAUUCUUAUGAUAAUGUCUUUGAACAAAAUUUGGAUGUGAAAUCCUCUAAGGACACUCAAGAAAGUACAAGUCCUAUAAUAACUACAGAUACAAGUUUUGAUAAUUGUAACAUGGAAACGACACCGAAACAAGAAAUGGAUUCUGAAUCCAUUGAAAAUGAUCAAAAUAAUAUGAUGAAUAGUACCUCAGAGAGCAGUCAACGCAGUGCCGAAAAACUUCCCAGUAGUGCGAGUUUAAGAUGUUGGAAUAAAAAACUUAGUUCAAAUCUUGAUGUUGCCAAACGAAUUUCGACUAAUGAUGCAAAACAAUCACAAGAAAAAAAUGAAGUCUUGGGUCAAGAAUCUAAGGAUAUGAGCGAACAUUCGAGUAACUCAAGUACGAAACAAUGUUGUAGACACCGACACACACCGUGUACAGACAGCACUGUGGAAAAAAAUGUUAAUAAAGAUCCUUCGAACACAUCAAAUCCAAUUCUUCAGAGAAACACUUCGAAGUCUAGUUGGAAAUCCCUAAUUUCUUGGAGUGGAAAACAAAGGGUUCGGUGCUGUAAACGCAGAAAGGAAGAUCUUGGUGUAAUGGGGAGUAGUCAAAAUGAAAACGCAAAGGGAUGUUUUGGAGAUGAGGUCAUUGAUAAAGAUAAUGAAACGACCAGCGAUUUUGAAGCAAUGAGCCUCAAAAAUUUAUCUUCGGAAGUUUCUAAAACGACCAACGAUAAUGCAAUGGUAAGCUCGGCGGUGACGGAAAACAGCGACGAUGAGGGGAACAACACAGAUAAACUAGAUUCUAUUUGCGAUCAACAUUACAGAUUUUAUUACUAGUUAUGCAUUUCCAUAACUUCAAACAAAUCAUUUGUGUAUCUGUUGUAUUUUUGUAUUGCAAAAAUGUUAUGAGCCAUUUUCUAUAAUAUUCGUGGUUUAAUGAUGCUUUAGAUUGUUCCUUUUGACACAGUCACAUCUAUGUCAGGAUACUUCAAAUUUUCUUUAUGAAAUUUCUCACAUCCAUCCAUCAUUAAUUCAAAACAAUAAAACUGAAAUUAUAUA